AUGCCUGCCCGUCCAAAAACCAGGUCAUCCAAAUCCGGGACAACAACCCCGACCUCCAGAGGAAAGCCGGCAGGCAAAGCCGGCGCCAGCGCGAAGAAGGUCCCGCGCUCCAGGACCUUCACGGGUUGCCGCACCUGCCGAGGCCGCCACCUGAAAUGCGACGAGGUCCGCCCCGUAUGCUCGUCCUGCCGGCGCCUCAACCUCGUCUGCGAGGGCUACGACGCCCGGCUCCUGUGGGUUCCGGACCCCCUGUGCUCGACCGAGCAGAGGCAGAGCCAUCGCGGCACUUCGUACCGGUAUCCGCUUUUCACCGAGAAGGAGAGAAGCUCCAUGAGCGUCGACAUUGUGGAUAGCAUGGGGGACCGGGCCGCGGCCGACAUCAUCUUCGACAUCGACGAGAGAGACGUCGUUGCUGGUGAUGCUCCUCAUCUCGCCGGUCCGUUCGGUGUGUUCAGGGCGUUCGAGGAUUCCACAGCUCCAGGGUCUCCGCCAUCAGAUCCCUCCCCUUCGGGUAGUUCGCCCAACACCUCGCCCAUCAGGACCUUGCCCGACGAAGAGGUUGGUGAUACUGGCGAGGACGUCGAAGACGUCGAAGAAGUGACGUUAGAACCUUGGUCCGUCGACGACAACUCGCUGGCAAUGGGGCCGUACUUUCCCCCAGGCUCUUUCUAUGAUUUCAAUACAGAUAGCAUCCUCAACAGCACCAACCAGCCAUGGACACACGGCGAGGGCACAGGCGAUCUUACACAGAUGAUGGCCGUGGACGGCUCUGCUCUUGACUUUCUCUUCACCCCUACGUCGCCGCGCACACCAGACAUGGCACAUGCCGGACAUGAACCAGCCGCCGAGGGCAGCACUCCGGAAGAACAAGACAGCGCACAUGGAUUCACAAGUACUCUCACAUUUGAGCAGGGCCUGCCCGCUCAACGAAAGUCUCCUACCCCUUUCACUAACCAUAUGCCGGGUGUCGAGCCAUGUCUGCCGGCACAUGCGGCCUCCCUCUUGCGGUACUACAAGUCGAUGGAGGAGUCGUCGUCGUCCGUCAAGGGCGUGAGGAUAUCGCCCUGGCAGCUCUGGCUUCUCCCCUGCGCCCUCGAGACUUUUGCCGAGCUGUCUCUGUGGAACACCACCUCCCACACUCGGCACAGCAUUCUAUGCACGCUGCUGGCGAAGAGCGCCUUUCACCUGCACCAAUCGCUCAGCAAAGAAGGUAAAAAGGAGGCAUCGCCAUGGUUCGACAUUGGGAGGAGCUACCAGAAAAGCGCCCAGUCUCACCUCAAGCUAGCGCUUCAAGGCGAGUCGGGCGAGCCAGGCCAGGCAAAGUACAACGAGAUGCUCAUCGCCAUACUCGCCACGGCCAUGGUAUCGGUGAUGUACAACGGCUCCCGCGCGGUCAAGAUCUUCCUCCUCGACGCCGAACGGCUCAUCCGACUUCGUGGUCUCGCCAUGCCGAAAUCCUUCCACGUCCGCGUGCUGCACCACGUGUACACGCACUUGCGCGUGAUAGCAGAGAGCACCGACAUCGCCAUCGACACCCCAAAGACCCAGGCCGAAGCGGCGACCGAGAUGGCGGUGUCGCUUCGCAAGUUCCGCAUCGCCGAGGACUCCCUCGGUGCGGACCUCGAUCUCUCGCGGGAGAAGCCGGCCGAGGUCGGCUACUCCGACAUCCACCUGGACAUCUCCGGCCACUGGCCGGCCACGAUGUACCCGGACAUCUACGGCGUCCCGGAGUCCCUGAUGACGCUGCUCUCCCAAACCAUCAGCUUCGCCAACGAAAAGGUCAAGCUCGAGGCCAUCGCCAUGUACGACUCCCGGGUGUCCCUGGCGCUGCCUCGCCACAUCAAGAAGCUGGAGCAGAACAUCUGGUCCUGGUCGCUGGAGUCGAGGGACGUCGAAAGCGGGCCGAGCAGGCCGCGGGGGCUGGUCACCAAGGACACGCGGCUCGUCGACCACCCCGCCGUCAGGUCGCUGACGCUCGCCAUGCACCAGGCCCUCAUCAUCUACUUCUACCGGCGCGUCCACAACCUGAGCGCCAUGGUCGUGCAGGACUCGGUGCGCAAGACGCUCGACUUCAUCCAGCCGUGCCUCGGCGAGACGGCGGACGACCACGACUUCGCGACGAGCAUCGGGUGGGCGGGCUUCGUCGCCGCGUGCGAGGCCAUGGGCCCCGACCUGCAGGAGAGGGGGCGCAAGGUUCUCGAAGCGAUCGACAACAAGGGCGUCAUCUUUGGGACCGACAAGCCCAGCACGCUGGCUCAGAGUGUGUGGGAUAGGAGGAGGGAGACCGGGGACUGGACCCUGAGCUGGCCAGAUCUGAUGCCCACCGUGGCGAGAUAA